AUGUUUCCAACAGGUUUAUCUUCCCCUAACCCCCCACCGCCAACCCAGGAGGCAAGAGCAACGUCUACUGAUGUCAAAAACGACACCGGAAAUAUUAUAUCUUCGAAGAAGAGGAAAAUAAACGGCUCCGAGAGGGAAGAGACCAGCGACACCAUCUCUCCUUCGCCCCCUAAGAACCUCACUUCCUCGUCGUCAGCCUCCUCGUCGCCGGUGCACAUCCAGAAGAAGUUGCGUUUCGAGGACUCCGUGGACUUCAUCGGACUGGAUGUGAAAAUGGCCGAGGAGGCUGCCGCUGCUUCGUGCUCCAAUAACAAAAGCAAAGCCGCGCUCCUGGCCGCCGGCGUGGGGGGCCACCACGCUAACGGGCUCAGCAAAAGCGCGGCGGGCUCCGGGACCUUCUCCAACAGCAAGCCCGGUGCCGCCAAGAAGCUAGUCAUCAAGAAUUUCAAAGAAAAACCCAAGUUGCCGGAGAACUACACACAAGAGACGUGGCAGAAGCUUAAAGAAGCAGUGGAGGCCAUUCAGAACAGCACUUCCAUUAAGUACAACCUGGAGGAGCUCUACCAGGCUGUUGAGAACCUGUGCUCCCACAAGAUCUCUGCCAAGCUCUACAAGCAGCUGAGGUCCGUGUGUGAAGACCACAUCAAGGCCCAGAUUGAUCAGUUCAGAGAGGGUGUCCUGGACAGUGUGCUCUUCCUGAAGAAAAUAGACAAGUGCUGGCAAGAUCACUGCAGGCAAAUGAUCAUGAUCAGGGGUAUAUUUUUAUUUUUGGACCGCACCUAUGUUUUACAAAACUCCAUGCUCCCAUCCAUUUGGGAUAUGGGUCUGGAACUCUUCAGGUUCUAUAUCAUAAGCGAUCUGAAGGUUCAGAGUAAAACCAUAGACGGCAUUCUGCUGCUAAUCGAGAGGGAGCGCAAUGGGGAGGCGAUAGACCGCAGUCUGCUGAGGAGCUUGCUGAGUAUGCUGUCAGACUUGCAGAUUUAUCAAGACUCCUUUGAGCAGCGCUUUUUGGAGGAAACAAAUCGCUUGUAUGCUGCAGAAGGGCAGAGGCUGAUGCAGGAGAGAGAGGUACCAGAGUAUCUGCAUCACGUCAACAAACGCUUAGAGGAGGAGGCGGACAGAGUCAUUACAUAUCUAGACCAGAGCACACAAAAGCCUCUUAUUGCCACUGUGGAGAAGCAGCUGCUGGGUGAACAUCUCACAACAACUCUACAAAAAGGGCUAACGCACCUGUUGGAUGAAAACAGGAUUCAAGAUUUGUCUCUCCUAUAUCAGCUCUUCAGUCGAGUAAGAGGUGGAGUUCAGGUCCUCUUGCAACACUGGAUAGAGUACAUAAAGGCUUUCGGAAGCACAAUCGUGAUCAACCCUGAAAAAGACAAAACAAUGGUGCAAGAGUUGCUGGACUUCAAAGACAAGGUGGACCACAUCAUUGACGUGUGCUUUAUGAAGAAUGAGAAGUUUGUGAAUGCUAUGAAAGAGGCUUUUGAGACCUUCAUUAACAAGCGACCAAAUAAGCCUGCAGAGCUCAUAGCCAAACAUGUGGAUUCUAAACUGCGAGCUGGUAACAAGGAGGCAACAGAUGAAGAAUUGGAAAAGAUGCUUGACAAGAUCAUGAUUAUAUUUAGAUUCAUCUAUGGAAAAGAUGUUUUUGAGGCCUUUUACAAGAAGGAUCUAGCCAAGCGGUUACUGGUUGGAAAAAGUGCUUCUGUGGAUGCUGAAAAGUCAAUGCUGUCCAAACUCAAACAUGAAUGUGGAGCCGCUUUCACCAGCAAACUGGAGGGGAUGUUCAAAGAUAUGGAACUUUCGAAAGAUAUCAUGGUACAAUUCAAACAGUAUAUGCAGUGCCAAAACAUUCCUGGGAACAUUGAACUGACUGUAAACAUCCUCACGAUGGGCUACUGGCCCACUUACAUCCCCAUGGAAGUGCAUCUGCCUCCUGAGAUGGUGCGCCUGCAAGAGAUCUUUAAGACCUUCUACCUGGGCAAACACAGUGGCAGGAAGUUACAGUGGCAAUCAACGCUUGGUCACUGUGUCUUAAAAGCAGAAUUUAAAGAGGGCAAGAAGGAGCUGCAGGUGUCACUUUUCCAAACACUCGUGCUACUGAUGUUCAACGAAGGGGAGGAGUUCACUUUGGAGGAGAUUAAACUGGCCACAGGAAUAGAGGAUAGUGAGCUGCGUCGCACUCUUCAGUCCCUGGCGUGUGGCAAAGCACGCGUCCUUACCAAAAUCCCCAAAAGUAAAGACGUGGAAGACGGCGAUAAGUUUUCCUGCAACGACGAAUUCAAACACAGGCUUUUCCGAAUCAAAAUCAACCAAAUCCAGAUGAAAGAGACGGUAGAGGAGCAGGCCAGCACUACAGAGAGAGUCUUCCAGGAUCGACAGUACCAGAUCGACGCCGCUAUCGUACGCAUCAUGAAGAUGAGAAAGACUCUGAGCCAUAACCUUCUUAUGUCCGAGGUGUACAACCAGCUCAAGUUCCCCGUCAAGCCUGCUGACCUGAAGAAGAGGAUAGAGUCUCUCAUCGACAGGGACUAUAUGGAGCGUGACAAGGAGAACCCCAACCAGUACAACUACGUGGCUUAG